CUUGAAUUGCUCUCUCUUCACCUCUUCGUACAGCAUCAGAUUUCCAGGUGAGUGACUAGUAAGAAUGAAGGAUGGCGGCUGGCACAAUGUCAAAGAUUGGAUGCUGCAGGCGCCGGGAUCAAGUUGAAGCUCUCCCCAGACUAACUUGGACACUUGUUUCCCAGCCCGUCCCUGAGCGCGUUCCCCUCUCUCUUCUUCUCUCGUCCUCUCAAAAAGUCCCCGAUUACGCCCGUCUUCAGGAACUCUUUGCUUCUACCCCUCUCUCGUCGACGACCAUAAAACUGUAGCGAAGAAGCACACUCCUGCCUCGGUCCGGCCUUGUCUCCCGCUGUCAUCUUUAGAAGCAUGAGCACCACUACUCCCGCUGCCGCCCAAGUUGGCGUUGCCGCUCCUCCCAAGCUCGAGAAGAAGCCUGUCAAGUUCAGCAACCUGCUGCUGGGUGCUGGCUUGAACCUGUUCGAGGUCACGUCCCUGGGUCAGCCCCUGGAAGUCGUAAAGACUACCAUGGCCGCCAACCGCAGUGACGGUAUGGCAGGAGCCAUUAGCCGCAUCUGGGGCCGUGGUGGUGUCUUUGGCUUCUACCAAGGUCUCAUCCCCUGGGCUUGGAUCGAAGCAUCCACCAAGGGCGCUGUCCUCCUCUUCGUCGCAUCCGAGGCCGAGUUCUACGCCCGCAACGCUGGCGCCAACAACUUCGUUUCUGGUAUCACCGGUGGUAUGGUCGGUGGUCUCGCCCAGGCCUACGCAACCAUGGGUUUCUGCACUUGCAUGAAGACGGUUGAGAUCACCAAGCACAAGGUGGCGGCGGCUGGCAUCAAGCCCCCGGGCACUAUGGAGACAUUCAUGAACAUCUACCGCGCUGAGGGUAUCCGUGGUAUCAACAAGGGCGUCAACGCCGUCGCCGUCCGUCAGGUCACCAACUGGGGUUCCCGCUUCGGUCUUUCCCGUGUCGCCGAGUCUGGUAUCCGCAAGGCUACUGGCAAGGAAAACGGUGAGAAGCUUGGUGCUCCCGAGAAGAUCCUCGCAUCUGCUCUUGGUGGUGGUCUUUCCGCCUGGAACCAGCCCAUCGAGGUCGUCCGUGUCGAGAUGCAGAGCAAGAAGGAGGACCCCAACCGUCCCAAGAACAUGACUGUCGGCAAAGCGUUCAAAUACAUCUACUCGCAGAACGGCAUGAAGGGUCUCUACCGCGGUGUCACUCCCCGCAUCGGUCUCGGUAUCUGGCAAACCGUCUGCAUGGUUGCUCUUGGAGACAUUGCCAAAGAGAUGGUAGAGGGCCUCACUGGCGAAAAAGUUCAGGCUAAGGCCCACUGAUUGCGUUGUUUCACAUCGAGGGCGUGAUUCAGACAUGCGUGAGGUAUUCGCAGCAUUUUGAGGUUUCUAUAGACGAAGGCGCGAUAGCCUUUGCCAACAACGUCUGUUGAAAUACACAGUACGUAUGGCACAAUCAUAUGCAUUCCAACUUAUACUUGUCCCACUG